UCUAGCCCCCCUGAAACCUCGCGAAGUUUCCGACUGCGCUGAAUUUUGGUGGGCAGGCAGGCUGGCAGGCAGGAAAACAGGCGCUGAGCGGAGGAAGCAGGCAGAGAGAGCCGUGUAGAGGCGAGUCCAAGAAAGGUGGAGACUCCGUCUCCUGGCUAACUUCCUGCACUGUAAUAUUCAAGACAGAGUACUCAGGAGGACUGGACCGCUUGCUGGGAGUAGGACGGAUGGAUUUAAGGCUCGUUUAGCUUGUUUUUCGGCGGUAAUUCGACGCACCUCCUCUCCUCUGUGGCUGGUCGCUCCUACCCACCUGGACAGUAGCGCGUGAGCUGUGAGGAAGAUUCCCAACAUUUGAUUCUGCGGGGCGUUCCGAGAAACAGGAAUGGAGGUCUUAGCGGAGUACGAAUACGACGCGCUCCACGACGACGAGCUGACCCUGCGGCCGGGUGACAUCAUCAAGAAUGUGCGCUACAUCGAGGAGGAGGGCUGGAUGGAGGGGGAGCUCAACGGGAGGAGAGGGGUCUUCCCAGACAACUUUGUUAAGGAGCUGAAAAAGGAUCCCAAAGAGGUCAAGGAAACCAGAAAUGAGCCAAAGGAGGAGCCCGGCCAGCCUCAGGGCAGAGAGAGCAGCGUGGCCAACCUGGUCAAGAGGAUAAGCGUCAUCGGCAUCCCCACCGGGGGAUUCCAGCCCAUGCCCCCCGCAGCAUCAAAGAAGCCGAAGAGGAGGCAGUGCAAGGUACUGUUUGAUUAUCAGCCGGUAAACGAAGAUGAACUGGAGCUGAAAGUCGGAGACGUCGUCGACAUCCUAGAAGAGGUUGAGGAGGGCUGGUGGAGCGGCAGUCUCAACGGCAAAUCCGGAUUGUUUCCAUCCAACUUCGUCAAAGAGCUGGAGGCUGCAGGAGAGGAGGCAGAAGCCAACGACACGGCGGCUGACAAACCUGACGGAAGUGGAACAGAACCACCUGCCACUCCCACAUCUCCUCAGCCGGACUCGGGAAACGGAGCCACCCAUCAGCCCAGACGGAUCAUAGGCGUUGGCUUCGGAAACAUUUUCAGAGACGGUCCGGUGAAACUAAGAAUGCAGUCCAACUCCAUCACAGAGGACAGGAAAGUCAAAGACCAAGAGAAAGACAAAGCUGGUCCGGCUCAGCCAGUCCCAUCAUUACCAUCAGCCGCAAAGCCUGCCCAUCCCAACAUGACUGACUCCCAGAGGGUGGAAGUAGACGGCAAGCACAAAGCUCCCUCGGCGAAGGAGUUCUGUAAAGUCAAGUAUGCUUACGAGGGCAAGAACGAGGACGAGCUGAGCCUCAAGGAAGGAGAGAUGGUCCACAUCCUGAGCAAGGACACGGGUGAACCUGGGUGGUGGAGGGGGGAGGUCGGAGGCAGAGAUGGGGUCUUCCCUAACAACUUUGUUACAAUCGUUCCUGAAGCAGAGAAGGAGGCACCACCACCAAGGGGAUCUCUGAAAUCACUGGCUAAGCCAGAGGUGGAGGAGAAACUGCCGAGGAAACCGCCUCCACUGGCCUCCAAGCCAGAACCCCCGGCCGUGGAGAGGAAGUCUAUCAACUUCAGGCCAGAUGAGCGAGGUGACAAGCACACUCCAGAGCCGAAACUCUAUAAACCUCCUGCACCAACCCCACCCAAGAAGCCGGUCCCCAUUCCACCCAAGAAGCCAGAAAAGCCCGUCGGUCCCUCAUUAAGUAUCAAGCACAACGGAGAGGUGCCUUCUCCACGACCAAAGUUGGAUUUAGAGUCACCUUCUAUACGACCAAAGUCAGAAUUUGAGGCGCCUUCUCCACGACCAAAGUUGGAUUUAGAGCCAGUAUUGACAACUAAACCCAAAACGCAGCCUGGAGAAAGGGGUGACAAGCCUGCUGAUGCAGAAGAUCUGAUGAGUUUUGAUGAAUUGUCGUCUGCGUCGGAGAAGCUCUCCCACCUAACCACUUCCAGACCAAAGGUAACUGGCAGGAGGCUCCCUGGACAGUUUGCUGGAGGACAGUCGCCUACGAAGGAAGUGAGUGCUGAGAAAGUCUUCAAGGUCGAUGAGGAGGAAAGUGCCAAACCCAAGCCAACAGAACACAAAAAGCCUUCCAACCAGUCUCCGCCACUCUACCGGCCCGGUUUCGCUGAACCCAAGCCGGGCCCUGCCGCCACUGCCAGCUUGGACGUCAGCAUCUCCCAGAACAGCAGAGCCCACCCGGAGCUGGUGGAGCAGAGCGCCCAGCAGGACGAGCUGAAAAGCCAAAUAAAAGACCUGCUGCUCUCUGUGGAGCUCCUCAAAGCCCAGCAAAUGAAAGAAAUCACAGAGCUGCGGCGAGACCUGGAUGAGGAGCGAGUGAAACGCGUGGCCCUGCAGAUCGAGGUAGAGAACCUAAAGAAGGCCAUCCAGUCAACGUGAAGCGUUGUGUCCCAUCAACA